CCCGGGGCCCAGCGUGCGGCGCAGUGUGCCGGCAUGGCCGCACGCCUCUUGCUGCUGGCGCUGAGGGACCCCGGGCCCGGCCGCCUCCUGCUGAGGGCCGCCCCUUGCUCGCCGCAGCUCCCCGGCCGCUCGGUGCGAAGAACCUCGCGAGGGGGCUACCCCCUUCAGACGUCUCCCCGCCUGAGCCCGUGGCCCCGAGAUACUGUUCCGAGGCCACGCAGGCGCGGGUCCACGGCGGUGCCGGCCAGCGAGUCCGAGGAAGACUUCUUUCUCCGAUGGUUCCUCCUCCUCAUUCCCGUGACCACCUUCGGCUUGGGCACGUGGCAGGUUCAGCGACGGAAAUGGAAACUGAAGCUGAUUGCCGAGUUGGAAUCGCGGGUCACCGCUGAGCCCAUUCCUCUGCCUGCUGACCCCCUGGAGUUGAAAGACUUGGAGUACCGCCCCGUCAAGGUCAGGGGGCGUUUCGACCACUCCAGGGAACUGUACAUCCUGCCCCGGACGAUGGUGGACCCCGAGCGGGAGGCCCGGGAUGCCGGACGGAUAUCUUCCAGCGGGGAGAGCGGCGCCAACGUCGUCACUCCCUUCCGCUGCUCGGACCUGGGAGUCACAAUCCUGGUGAAUAGAGGAUUUGUUCCCAGGAAGAGAGUGAAUCCAGACACCAGGCUCAAGGGCCAGAUCCAAGAGGAAGUCGAGCUGGUGGGGGUGGUGAGGCUGACGGAAACCCGCAGGCCUUUCGUCCCCGAGAACAGCCCCGACCUGAACCGCUGGCACUACCGCGACCUGCGGGCCAUGGCGAGGGUCACGGGGGCCGAGCCCAUCUUCCUCGACGCCGUCCUCGCCAGCACGGUCCCAGGAGGGCCCGUCGGCGGCCAGACCAGGGUGACGUUGAGGAACGAGCACCUGCAGUACAUCGUGACCUGGUACGGACUGUGCGCGGCCACCUCCUACCUCUGGUUCAGGAAGUUUGUACAACGGCUCCCCUUUUAAAGAAAACCCAGCCGGCCCCCCAUUAAACUCGGUUUUGUAAAGCAACCCUA